AUGUUGAACGCUUUCAGGGUGCUGGGGGAUUUCUCCCAUCUGGCCUCCAUCUUCAUAUUACUGCACAAGAUGACGGAAUUAAACGGCGCUGCAGGCAUCUCCUUCAAAUCACAAGCCCUCUACCUCAUCGUCUACGUCACACGGUACCUCGAUCUCUUCAGCACACACUCGCUCUACAACAUCAUCUUCAAGAUCUUGUUCAUCGGAAGCCAAGGCUACAUCGUCUAUCUCAUGACCACCAAAUACAGGGCGACAACAGACCCCAACCUCGACACCUUCCGCGUGCAGUACCUGCUCGGUGGCGCCGCCGUUCUCGCCCUUCUGCUCCCUUACCGAUACACAUUGAGCGAGAUCCUGUGGGCCUUCUCCAUCUGGCUCGAAUCCGUCGCCAUCCUGCCCCAGCUCUUCAUGCUGCAGCGCACCGGCUCCGCCGAGACCAUCACUACCCACUACCUCUUCGCCCUCGGUGCCUACCGCGCCCUGUACAUCCCCAACUGGCUCUGGAGGUACUUCACCGAGGUCGACCACAAGGUCGACUGGAUCGCCGUUGUGGCCGGCCUCGUCCAGACCGUCCUCUACUCCGACUUCUUCUGGAUCUACUACAACAAGGUAGUCAAGGGCAUGAAGUUCAAGCUGCCCGUCUAG